AACAAAAAAAAAAAAAAAUCAUUGUUGUGUCAUGAAUCGUCAUCACUCGAAAUUUGCUGAUACGGAAAAACAGUCGUUAUGUCGCAAAUAUCUUCAAAUUUAUUGAAGAAUAGUUUCCAGAGUGGAAAGUUUAGUUGUUUAAAGGUCCAUUCGCAAUGUAAACACACGGCAAUGGCGGCCGUGGCCAGUGAAUCGUUGCGGAAGAUUCGGGAUCGGUUGGAGAGUGGGCCCAGCUUCCAGGACUUUGUUCAGAAUCCGAACCACAACCGAGAGGACUGGGACAGCUACGAGGGAAAGCUUAAACGAGAGAAAGGUGAAAACGAUCGGCUCAGAUUGCCCCCGUGGUUGAAAACGAAAAUUCCCAUGGGUAAAAAUUACAGCCAGAUCAAGGACCAACUUCGGGAGCUGAAACUGGCCACGGUUUGUGAGGAAGCCAAGUGUCCCAACAUUGGCGAGUGUUGGGGAGGUGGCGAGCAUGGGACACAGACGGCCACGAUUAUGCUUAUGGGCGACACCUGCACCCGAGGCUGUCGAUUCUGUAGUGUCAAAACGGCCCGUGCUCCUCCUCCGCUGGAUCCGGAUGAACCUCGCAACACGGCUACGGCCAUUGCAUCGUGGGGCCUCGAUUACAUCGUCCUUACUUCGGUGGAUCGGGACGACAUCGCCGAUGGGGGAUCCAACCACAUUGCGGCCACCAUUCGAGAGAUCAAGCAACGCAAUCCCAAGAUCUUUGUCGAGUGUUUGGCACCCGAUUUCCGGGGCGAUUUGGAGUGCGUUAAAACUGUGGCCCUGUCCGGGCUGGAUGUUUAUGCACACAACAUCGAAACGGUGGAAUUGUUGACGCCCUUCGUUAGAGAUCGGAGGGCCCAAUACAGGCAGAGUCUCCGGUGUCUGGAGAGUGUUAAGGAGGUAAAUUCGGAGCUGAUUACUAAAACUUCGAUAAUGCUUGGGUUGGGCGAGACAGAUGAGCAGAUUGAGCAAACUCUCAAAGAUCUUCGUGCGGUGGGUGUCGACUGCCUCACACUCGGCCAGUACAUGCAGCCCACCAAGCGGCACCUGAAGGUGAUUGAAUACGUCACGCCGGAAAAGUUCCAACAUUGGGAAAAACGUGGUAACGAACUCGGGUUCCUGUACACGGCCAGCGGUCCAUUGGUGCGCAGUUCCUACAAAGCGGGUGAAUUUUUCAUUACCAGCAUUCUGAAGAACAGGGCCGCUGCAGGGGAAAAAGGCAACGACGACGAAGACGGAAAGGCGACCCCGGUGGGACCUUAGGGAAGCCGGCCGUGUCCGUCGUCUGGCGUGGAGCGUUGUCGUCGGUCGAAAGCAACCAAAUCGAAUCAGAAAAACGACGUGAAGCGCGAUGAAGAUGCUUUGCUGGAAACAACGACGACGUUGGCUUUCGAACGAAAUGAUACCAACUGCAUAUUUUUAGCUUUGGCCAGGUUGAAAAGUUGUUUCCACCGCUUUGCAUCAGAUGAUUGUUAUUUUAUCCUGUUUUCUUCACUUGCGUGUUAAAUUGUGGCAAAGCCACCGCUUUUCUAUGUAAAUCAAAUGGAAUCAAGUGAUAGCAAAUAAUCUAUUUAUAACUUGUA